AAUCGCUCUGAAUUGAACUCUGUUACUCUGUUCGGAAAGGGGGCGGAGACGUCGUUGUUAUGGUAACCGCAACACACCAGUAAGGGACCAGUAAAUCAGUGAAAGGACGAACUUUUUAAACUCUCCGAAGUUUAAUAAUUGAAAAGCAGUUUUUUGUAUUUUUUCCCCCCUCCCUGAUGAUUGGGCUCUGGCCAUGGAAGAAUCUUCUACUCCUGUUUUUCAAGUCCUGGAUGAGUUCACUACUUCCUCUGUAUUUGUCCUCAUCCAUCUGACAAGACAGCCAGUUUCCCUGGAUGGACAAGCUAAUCUGGCUCUGAGCCUGAAAGUAGCUUUAAUUCAAAUGUUAUCCUUGGGCAAAAUUUCCCAGACAAUGUUUACAAAACUAAAAGAUGGUUUCAAGCAUUUGCACGACACUUUAAAAAGUGCGCACAGUUCUGAGAUGCAUGUACUGGAAGAGGCACAGAGGUGUCGGGCUGAGCUGGAGCGGAUCCAGGUUAAGGUACAGAGUCUGGAGGAGCAGCAGAGCCCCUCUGAGGAGCCUGAUGGUGAGGUCAGCAAACUAAGGCGACAGCUCCUGCAGGCGUACAACGAACUAAAAGCUGCUGAGGAGAGGGGGCACACAGCACAGCACGACCUGCAGUGUCUCUGGGAGGAGAAGCAGUACUUGGAGAAAGAAAUUCAAACUCAACCUGCUGACAUGGAGAGCAACACAAACCUGUUGAAGGGCAAACUUGAUGUUUUGAAGAAUGAAGUGGCUCAGAGACCACAAGAUGUAAGAAAACUGAUUGAGGAUUUGGAAACACUUGAAACGCUGCUAUUAAAAGAACAAAAGGAGUUGGAGGAAAAUAAGAUGAUCAUCAAAAUCAAAGAGGCUGAGAAAGCGCAGCUUGCCUGCAUACCUAACCAGAUAAUGAGGGACAUUGAAAGAAAACGCUCUGUAUGGAAAGUUGCAAUGAAGAGGAUGGAGUCCCUGAAUAUGGAGCUUUCAGAAACUAAGCAUCAGAUGAGGAGUGUGAGUGAGGGUAAUCAGUCCCUGGAGAUGAGGAGACAGGAGGCAAUGCAGGAGCUGGAGCAGCUCAGAGCCCAAAUAGAGGCAUGUCAAAAGGAAAACAGACGGCUACUGAAGGAGCAGGAGAUCAGCAGGGAGGAAUUCGCUGAAAUCAUGGGCAGCAGUGGUAUUUUAGAAAUGAAGUUGCUGAACCUAAUGAUUGACAGAAAGCAGAUUUGCAACAGCCAAUCUGUUCAGCUCAGAAAGAAACAUAGGCAGGUGGAAGCCCUGAGACGGAUGGAGCAAGCAGUAGCCAUGGCCACUGAGCAGCUUGAGUUCACACAAUCUACCUACAAGCAGAUUCAAGUGCAGUUGCUGGAUGCUGUUCCCGAAAGAGAGGCCAGCGCUCGGCAAAGGAGGGAGCUUGAGAGGGAGAUGGAUGCUCUCAAAGCCAGCUUUGAAAAGCAGGUGGGGAUGUGCUCUUAUAACAGCAACAGCCUAAAGCAGUUUUAUCUGUAUCCAGGGUUCCUGCACAGUCUGGAAGAAUUCGGAAUUUCAUUUAAGUAUUUUUUUUACUUGACAAGUAUAGAAAAACAUCAUUUUUUAUGGUCUUCCUCCCUUCUAUCCUUACACCCUCCUAUUAUUAUUACUUUCUUGUUCCUUAUGUCAUUUCCAAGGUUACAUCUCAAGUAAAUUAGAAGACCAUUAAAAACUCAAUACUGUUUUCACUCAUUUAAUAAAGAAACUACUAUCUCAUAGAUUCAUCACACAUAGAGUAUAAUGCGAAUAUUGAGAAUAUUACUUUUAAUUUUGAUGACUUAUGAUUUGAGAUCAUGGCUUACAUAUUAUUAAAAACCCCAAACAAUUAUAUGUCUAAGGGAAUAAGAAAACCACAUGAGAUCAAUAAAAUAAUUCAUUUACAGCACCUUUAUGCUUCUAAAAUAUAUUCAUUUCUGUGUACUCAACUGUUGAUAAAUGCUUCUUUUGCAUGAGUUAGUGCAUCAAUGUAGCAUGACGUGGAGGUGAUCAGCAAUGCUAAUGCUUCAUCUUCCUCUUAAUAAUCCAUAGGU